AUGCUGCCGGGCGUGCCGCCCUUGGUCUUGCUUUGCCUGGCCUUCUCCUUGGGGCACCCCUGCCCCGCCACCUGCAGCUGCACGGACACUCACACGGUCGACUGCCGGGGCCGGGGGCUGCCCGGCGUGCCCACCCCCUUCCCCCUGGACGUGCGGAAGCUCCUGAUGGGCAACAACAGCAUCCAGAGGGUCCCGGAGGACUUCUUCCUCUUCCACAGCGACCUGGUCUACUUGGAAUUGAGGCACAACGCCAUCGCUGCCCUGCCGGACGGCGCCUUCGCCAGCUCCGGCAAGCUGCUCUACUUAGAUCUGAGCUACAACAACUUGAGCCGGCUGGACGGCAGCCUCUUCCGGUCAGCGGAGCGCCUGGUCAAGCUCUGCCUGGGGAACAACCAGCUGGCCGAGGUGGACGAGGCGGCUUUCGCCAGCCUGGAGCAUCUGCAGGUGCUGGAGCUGAACCACAACCGCUUGCAGAGGCUGAGCGUGGCCGCCCUGGCCGCCCUGCCCAGCCUGCGGGUCCUCCGCCUAGAGGGCAACCCCUGGCUGUGCGACUGCGACUUUGCCGGCCUCUUCAGCUGGCUGCAGGAGAACGCUUUCCGGCUGCCCCAAG